UUUCAGAAUGUGCGAUAGCUUUGACAAUUGUAAAUUUGACUAAUGUCACACUUUCUGGACGACGAAUUACGCGGACUUACUGCUGCACAGCUUAAGCAGGAAAAGCAAAAUACCUCUUCUCAGUUACUUCGCGUUCAGCAGCAAAUUAGCGAUUUGGCUUAUGGAAAUUAUCGGAUUUAUGCAGAUGCCGGAAGUACUACAGAACGCUGCCGGCAAUUGUUUGGAAAAGCAAAUGAUUUGGCUGAAGAUAUUGAAAAGGGGAUCGAAUCGAUAAGAGAAUCCAUGAAACAGUUUGAUUCUAAAAAUGAUGAAAUAGCAGAUGAGCUUCAUUAUCUGGAACUUGCUGAAAGGAAAGAUUCACAUUUAUGGGACGUUUUAAGCUUGCCAACGCGUAUGGAUAUAUGUAUUCGAGCCGGCUACUACGAUAUGGCUUUUCUGUUAACCAAUUAUGGAGUGGAGUUGCAAACACAUGGACUCACAAAAAAUUCCCUAAUUAAGCGGGUUGCUGAUAAACUAAUCGAUGCUCGAUAUCAGUUACUGGAUGAGCUGUUCAACAAAUUUGCCGGACCUGUUGACUUAGCAAAUAGUAUUCAAAUUGUGAAUAAUAUCCGCAAAAUCCCGUAUUUGUCUUCGACGCAAAUGCGUAUUAUGGUUUUACAGUAUCGUGAUGUAUAUCUUGAAAAGCGACUUUCGGAUAUUCGAUCGCAGCCAGAUUUCGUCCUUCGGAUGGUUGAGGUUUAUCGUGAUUGUAUGUAUGACACUAUGGUCCUCUAUCUGGCUGUUUUUCCGGAAAAUGAAGUAAGCAGACGGCAAAUUGAUUCAUCGAUAGAUCAGCGAUGGGAUGUCUGGCAAGCAACAACUUCCUCCAUAAUCCUCAGUGAAUGGGCAAUUCAUAACCUUGACGUAAUGUUCAGUCGUCUAAAGAAUGUCGAUAAUGAAGCACAAAUUGAUAUUGGCUCUCUGACGAGUAAAUUAAUGAGUUUUGCUUUAUCAUUUGGUCGAAUGGGAUUGGAUUUUCGGCCACUGAUUGUAGAAAUCAUCGAUGAAUUUGUCACCAAGAGAUUCUCUCUAAAAGUUCAGAAUGCAGCGAACAACUUGAAACAGUGUAGAACUAUAGAAAUUGAUGAAGAGAUACCGGACACUUUAUUUUUAUCUGGUACGCAGGACGGUAAGCAACCGUCAGCUCCUUCAGUACUUGCGUAUUGGGAUGAUUUAUGUAUCUAUGGGAAUGCCUUAAUUGAUGCUUUAAAUGAAUUGCGAAGUGGUUUAUCACCUACUCAGAUCAACACAGUUCUAAAGGAUUUAACGAUUUCAAUGAACAUUGUUGUUUGCUGGCUGUGUGAUAUGGAGAAAUUGGUUAAAAAAGCAAUUAUGGAAAAGGCAAUUAAAUUAUUGGGGAAGUAUUUUAUACCAUACAUUAACGGCUGCUUGUUGGCUUUAUAUCCAUACGAAAUAUGCUGUCGACCGUUUUAUCGUACCAUUUGUACACUAGAACAAUACGAAAAAAGGUGUGCUGUACAGAUUAAAGAGAUCUGUAACGAUUGUCCCAAUUCAAUAGUAAUUGAAAAGUUACUGGAAGAAGCGAAUCGUUCCAUAAAUAAAUAUGUUGGAAAUGUUUUAACGGUCACUAAUGAAAAUACGGAAGUCUGUGAAACAAAUGUCCCUGAUAGCAAUGGUGUCUCACAGGAGGAAGUUAUGCUGAAGUUAUCGUUGGAUGAUGAUGUAAAAAUAGACGUUCAAAACGAUGAUAAUCAGCAUGAAACAAAAGAACACUCUCCAAAAAAUAAUUCAGAAAGCUAUUCGACCACUUAGACUUCGAUUUAAAUAAUUUUUUUCUCUACUUUUGUUAACAUACAUAACUUAAAUGUCUCUACACAUUAUUUUUCUUAAGGUAAACUGUUCGUGUGAUAAUUUUUUUUUGGUCCGAGAAUUUCUUCCAGCGAUUUUUGUUGUGCAUUAAGAUUCCACCCAGGUAAUUCAGUUUAUGAUGCAUAUCUUUUCUAGGAACAUUUGUUUAUGUGCCGU